GUGUGCUUGGCUGGAGAAAAUUGACUUACUAGCAAGUACUGUGUUCGGAACACUGGUCUUGUACAAAGGUUUGCAACGUGUUGGGAACCUGCGGGUAGGAGUCUUAUGAACUGUCUUCAGUUUCAUGCAUUGCAACCUCCAGCUAUUCCUCCGGAACCAAAGCCCUGUGUGAGCUCGAGAGAGGGGAAAGCGUCGCUGGUUGCAGGUGUGAUAGUGGGGUGCGUACGGGCCAAGGGCAUUGGUUGGAAAGAAUCGAAACCGAAUGCAGACAAACCUGGUUCUUGUGGGCAGUGGUCUUGUCAAUUAUUGCGACCGACCAUUGCAGCGCCAAUCAAUCGAAAGAUCAAAGCGCCCUUGCGGUGUGCCGUACAUCAGUCAGUCAGUCAGUCGAGCACCCUCGUUCCCGCCAUAUUGCUGCUUUCAGCCUCGAGGAUCACUGGAUCUAUUGUUUGGCAUGUGUUUUCCACGCGCCAAUCUUGUUCGCAGGUUUGCUUACGAAUCUCGCUCGUAUGUAUGCCUUGGCCACACUCAAGUUUGAUGAAGCUGCCAGCGAUGCACCCACCCCGGCUCUACUUUUAGAUAUCUUUGAUGAUCAGUCCAGGGUGGAGAGGUGGGAGAAGGAGGAUAGGUGUGGGUUUCAAAACAAACCUACUAGCUAGCUAGCCAGGAGAGUGCACAUCUACAAUAGUAUUUAUUUUGCCAAGGGGGCAAUUACUCGAAUGGGUAGACAACCGAUGGUACUACUAGUAGUACGGUACUACCUGGUACCACUUAGCUAGCAUGCAAGCAAGCUACUGUACCGUUACGUAGCAAGCAGACAUUUUGCGAAGAGCACUCAGCCACUUUACCAUCGUCUUAUUCGUCUUCCCCCUCUUCUUACAGAUUGAUUCGUUGAUCUUGGGACUUUCUACGCAACGCCUAUCCCGCUACCAAGUACGUGUAGGAAGCGCACAGGGGUAUCGAACCAGUAUCCAAGAAAGUGAUCAAAGGUCAUUUCGUAUACUCUUUUCAUCGAUAUGCCAAGUUGAAACAAUGAUGAAUACCAUCUGAUACCAAAUUUGAGUGGGAGUAGAUUAUGCAAGAUCGACGUGUCCGGUCAUUCUGGAAGUUCCGGGGGUGUCUCUUGAACAUUGGGUGGUUAGCUUGUCCGAGCGGGGACACAACCUUUUCAUCGAACACAUCGAUCCACAAGCAAGAAUCUCCGCGAAUAAGCAGAGAGAUGCUGGGACUUUCACUCUCAAGAGAACCCAAACAGAGCAUUCGAGGGAAGCAAAAGAGACUGGGGCAUGAAAAGCUUGACACAAGAUAGGGGACGAUUCGAGUCGAUCUUGCUAACAGGGUUCAAGGCUGUAGAAGUACUGCCAAAGCCCGGCCCCCGACAUGGUGCCUGGUGUUCGCUCAUGGAGCUAAGAACACAUCUGCCCAGCUAGCUGGUUAGCUGGCACUAAAAUGUGGAAAGUAGUUACCGCUCCCCCGCUCAUCAUUCUGUGCUCACAAUUCAGAGGUCCUUCUUCCAAGUAAACCUACACCAAACACAAGCUUUGCCAAACAGCCAGAACCAAAAAGACUAGAAACAUGGAUGAUUCUCGUACUAGAUCAGACGAUACGGGCAUGGAACAGUCCAGCAAGGGCAAACGAAUCUCGGGUUCUGGUCACUUUGCUAUGCAAGUCAUGCAAUCAUCAAGCCUCCAUAGCAACCUUCCCCGUAUCAUGGAAGACAAGAGCAAACAUUUUGAUCUCUACGAACCCGUCGAACCUGAGGAGAUCGACUACGCUCGCAACGGAGACGACAAGCCCGUUUGUGAUGCCAACCGGAUUUUCCGCAUGGGAGGAGAAGUCCCUUACACAAAGAGGCAGCAUGGAACCAGCAAAGGUGGAACCAAGCCUGGCGUCAAGAGUGUAGACUUCUAUGAAGCGGCAAGUGUUAGCACUAUGGGCAAUGGGACCCAUUUUGACAAAGAAGUCCCCAGCCAUCACAACGGCAAUGGCAACGGCAAGAAAGGAGUCUCCUUUCAAGAUGAUGUCAUGCAGGAUCAGCCAUGGGUGAUCCGUCAGUGCCCCAAUGAACCUCAUCCGCUACUGGAAUUUCCUCCCCUCUACUGGCUGGUUCACAGUUCUCCUGGUCUGCUUGAAGCUAUCAAACACCUCUAUUCAUUCCGUUGGCGCAUGUCCUACCCUCUUCAGCGCCGUGUGUUCCUUUCCCAACAGCUGCGCAAGGCUGGCAUCUUUUGUACCAUUGGAGAGCUGCUAUUGGUCAUCCCUCUUGUUGGCAUCUUUUUGGGUGGUCUGCUCUCUGCCUUUGUUUGGCCCAGUACAUACUGGUCAGGGCACAUUGCCCGUCUUCCCCUCAUCCUUGCCUUGGCAACAGCCAUGCGCAACUCCCUCAUCACCUUGCUGAUUGGUUUGCCAUUUGAGAGGGCAUUGUGGUACCACAAAGUCUUAGGCAGACUUGCAUUCUUCAAUGGUAUUCUCCACACAAUUGUGGCUCAUGCUGAUGCUCUGGAGAAAACCUUCCACAAGUUCCUUGUGUAUGAUCAAAUGAAUAGCUCUGGAACAGGUCUUUUCUUGCUGAUUGCCGGUGUCACCAUUACCUCCCUCCCUCAAGUCCGACACUGGUGUUUCGAACUGUUCUACUAUAUUCAUGUCAUCUUUGUGGUGUUGAUGACAGCAUGUGCAUUCUAUCAUUCAGGAGUCCUCAUUCCCAUCUUGGCUUCCAUCAUCUGGGGCGGUGACCUCCUGUGCCGCAAGAUCGUCAUGGCCGGCUUCCGCUAUCCCCGAAACGCCCGUCUUCGUGUCAUUAGCGACACUGUGGUUGAGCUUUCCUUCCCCAAGACAGCCGCCUUUGACUACAAUGCUGGGCAGCACUUGAGCAUUGCUGUGCCUGAGAUUGUGGGUGCUGGUCUUGAGUUCCAUCCUUUCAGUAUCGCUACUUGUCCUAGGCAGCCCAAUGUCAGCAUCAUGAUCCGUGUUGCAGGCGACUGGACCAAGGCACUUCACAAGCUGGCCAAGGAAAAGAAUGAAGUCUCCAUCUUGGUUGAGGGCCCCAAUGGAAGUCCCAACAUUGACAUCUUCAGUGACAGGUACAAGUCCUUUCUGCUCUUCAGUGGAGGCAUUGGCAUUACACCCAUUCAGAGCAUGUGUAACCAACUGGUGUAUGAGCAGAACAAGGGACGCCGAGAGCUUGAGAAGGUCCGGAUGGUGUGGUCUGACCGCGAUCCUUGCUGCGUUGAGAAGACGGAUGUUGUACGACGCGCCAGCACUUCACAACAUUUCCAGGCUCCUGAUCUCGAUUUGGAAGACUUGGACUUGCGUAGCAUUGCCUCUCAUAGUGUCUUUAAUGACGGCAAGAGUCAGACAACGGAUAUUGCAUCCGUGCUGCUUUCCAUGGUUCCACCAAGCCGAAGAACGGAUGCCGAGUUGGAAGUCGACUACCCUGUCCCCGACUUUGGUGUCUCCCGAAAGAAGAGCAAUCGCAAGGCUUCUGCUGCACCAACUCGCAAGAAGAACAAGGCUUCCGAUGAAAGCACGUUCCGUGGAGCCUACAACAAUGCCGACCUUUCGGAUAUUCUUGACAUUCAGGUAUAUCUGACCAAAGGUCAAGCACCGACUACUCUUGCCAACAUGCCCUUUGUCCACACGGGACGUCCAGAUGUGGAACAGAUCUUUGCUGACAUGAGAGAUGAGGCUCUGGAAAGUGGACUGAACCGGGUGGCUGUCAUUGUCUGUGCCCCUGCUCGGCUAGCACAUGUUCUGCAAGUUGCCUGUGUCAAGUACUCGGAUGCAGAACUCUCGUUUGAUUUCCACAUGGAGUAUCAAGAUUAAUCAUGAUGGUGGCGGCUCUCGAGACGAGUAGUCAUGGUGGCAGGAGCUACAGAUUGCCUGCUUGUUUACGUUGCCUUGUGGUGGUAGCCGCAAUUUUUAUGAUAAUGAUCAUUAGAGAAUCCCUUUUAGAAUG